GUGACAGCCAAGAUGGCGGCGCGAGGAGGCGGGGCGGAGGGGAGGGGGGAUCCCGACUGAGACGCCCACACGGAGGGGAGGCGGCGAAGGAGAGUCGGGCUCCGCUAGGAUGAGAUAAGGGCACGGGGACCGAGCGCGCUUCCCUCCCCCUCCCCCGCCCCCCUUCACCCUCCCGCUCCUCCGCGCCGGGGGCAGGAGGCGUCGGCGGCCGUUCCCCCUGCCCCGGGGAGCGCGGCCACCGCCUGAGGGAAUGAAACUUUAACAAGAAGCCUAUGUUAAAGCCUGGCUAACAGCAAGACAAAGUGUAGAGGCAAUGCACUGAUGAAAAGUUAUAACGUCUUGUAAUGGAAGAUGGAAGACAAAGGGGCUCGUGUUGCUGACUACUUUGUUGUCGCAGGAUUAACGGAUAUUUCAAAACCACUAGAGGAAGAAAUCCACUUCAAUGAUGCUUGCCAUAAAAUUGCUAAACCAAAAGAACCUAUUACAGACGUAACAGUACUUAAUAAAUCUCUGGGGGAGGAAGUUCCUCAGGGAUAUAAAUGCAUAGAUGUUACUCCCUCAGGACUUUCUGCAGAUCUCAAUAAUGGCAGUCUUGUAGGACCGCAAAUAUACCUUUGUUACCGUCGAGGAAGGGAUAAACCCCCACUUACAGAUUUGGGGGUUUUGUAUGAUGGGAAAGAAAGAGUAAAGCAAGGUUGUGAAAUAAUUCAGACUACUCCAUAUGGACGGCCUGCUAAUAUUAGUGGCAGUGCCUCAUCACAAAGAGUGUACAUCACUUACCGAAGAGCAUCCGAAAACAUGACACAGAACACCUUGGCCGUUACGGAUGUAUGUAUCAUCAUACCAAGUAAAGGAGAAACCCCUCCACAUACAUUCUGCAAGGUUGACAAGAACCUUAAUAAUAGUAUGUGGGGUUCAGCAGUAUAUUUAUGUUACAAAAAGUCUGUGGCAAAAACCAACACCAUAUCAUAUAAAGCUGGUUUAAUAUGCAGAUAUCCUCAAGAAGAUUACGAAUCAUUCCCGUUACCAGAAUCUGUGCCUCUUUUUUGUCUACCUAUGGGUGCAACAAUUGAAUGUUGGCCGUCUAACAGUAAAUACCCUCUCCCCGUUUUUUCUACAUUUGUACUAACUGGAGCUUCUGCAGAAAAGGUAUAUGGUGCUGCUAUUCAGUUUUAUGAACUGUAUCCUGAAGAGAAUCUCACAGAGAAACAAAAAUCUCAACUGGGAUUAGCAGCUGCUGCUGAGGGCAAGUCAGACACAUGCAGAACAGUUCAAACAAAUAAAUGCAUCUGUCUACUCUCUCACUGGCCUUUCUUUGAUGCUUUCAAGAAGUUUCUUACCUUUCUGUAUCGUUACUCCAUUUCUGGCCCACAUGUCCUACCCAUUGAGAAACACAUUUCUCAUUUCAUGCACAAAGUUCCUUUUCCAUCCCCUCAGAGGCCAAGAAUCCUAGUUCAACUAUCACCACAUGAUAACCUGAUUCUUAGCCAACCUGUGUCAUCACCUCUUCCACUGAGUGGAGGCAAGUUCUCUACACUACUUCAGAAUUUAGGACCUGAAAAUGCAGUAACUCUACUUGUGUUUGCUGUGACGGAGCAUAAAAUUCUCAUCCAUUCGUUGCGACCGUCCGUCCUUACUAGUGUGACAGAGGCUUUAGUCUCUAUGAUAUUUCCCUUCCACUGGCCCUGCCCAUAUAUUCCUCUCUGUCCCUUGGCACUGGCAGAUGUGUUAAGUGCACCAUGCCCAUUCAUAGUGGGAAUCGAUUCAAGAUAUUUUGAUCUCUAUGACCCUCCACCAGAUGUUAGCUGUGUUGACCUAGAUACUAAUACAAUUUCACAAACUGGAGAUAAGAAAGCUAUUGCAUGGAAGAUCUUACCAAAGAAACCUUGUAAAAAUCUGAUGAACACUUUAAGUAAUUUAUAUCAGCAGCUGGCAGAAUUGCAACAGAGACCAAGAGAAGAUGCAUUCAUGGAGUUAGCAAUGAAUGACUACGAUUUUAAUUCUGGGAAGAAAUUGCAUCUGUUAGAUCUGGAGAUCCAGGAAGCCUUCCUGUGUUUCAUGGCCUCAAUACUAAAAGGUUACAGGUCUUACCUCAGGCCAAUAACAGAGGCACCUUCUGAAACAGCCACAGAUGCAAGUUCACUCUUUGAACUACAAGGUUUCCUCAAAAGUCGAGAUCGUUCACAUCAGAAGUUCUACACACUGAUGACUAAAACUCAAAUGUUUAUUCGCUUCAUUGAAGAGUGCUCCUUUGUCAGUGAUAAGGACGCAAGCCUGGCAUUUUUUGAUGACUGCGUAGAUAAAGUAGAUAUGGACAAAACUGGGGAAACUCGACUUAUCGAGCUGGAUGAGUCAUACAAGAGUGAGCAUACAGUUUUCAUAACGCCACCGGAGAUCCCUCAUCUGCCAAAUGGUGAAGAGCACCCCCUACAAUACAGCUAUAACGGAUUUCCAGUAUUAAAACUAGAUUUGUUUGAACGACCUGAAGGAUUUCUCACAGCACCAAAUAAUAAACUGUCCUCGAAAGCCAGUAGUCCCAACAGCCCAUCACCAAUGUUCAGAAGAACUAAACAGGAAAUUAAAUCUGCACAUAAAAUUGCUAAGAAGUACUCAUCUAUACCACAGAUGUGGUCCAGGUGUUUGUUACGUCACUGCUAUGGGCUUUGGUUUAUCUGCCUUCCUGCAUAUGUGAAAGUGUGCCAUUCAAAGGUCCGGGCUCUGAGAACUGCGUAUGAUGUGCUACAAAAAAUGCAUACCAAAAAAAUAGAUCCACCUGAUGAGGUGUGCUACCGGGUACUCAUGCAGCUGUGUGGGCAGUAUGGUCAGCCUGUGCUAGCAGUGAGAGUGCUUUUUGAAAUGCAGAAAGCUGGUAUUGACCCCAAUGCCAUUACUUAUGGCUACUACAAUAAGGCUGUUUUGGAAAGUACCUGGCCUUCAAGCAAUCGAGGUGGCUAUUUCCUGUGGAUGAAAAUACGAAAUGUUGUUUUGGGAAUAGCACAAUUCAAAAAAGCAUUGAAAAAGCUACCAGCAGGCACCUCCCACACCGCCACUCCUGGGGGACUUUCAGACUCUGGCAAUAACACAUCAUUCAAAGAAGAAGCCAGGCAAGGGAAAACUUGUCUUCAAGAUAUACAAGAACAAAAAGAGGACAAGAGAGAGAGUGACUCCAGUUCUUUGUCUGAAGUGGAGAGCGUGAAAGGGAGUGGUGACUGCUUACCUAAACUGAAUUAUCAGAACUCAAGCGAUGGCAAUGCCACUUCCAGCAUAGUGCGGCUCAACGGUACAGUCGACAAUACAGUAGCAGAAGCUAGCACGGAGAGUUCAGUAGGAUUGCUGUUUACAUCAUCUUUUGAGAAUACCACUGAAGCAGAAGUUAUAAAAAGUAAAUCCUUAAGAAAGAGACAUAAAAGCGCAGUAGAACCUGACUUGAGGGAGAUACCCUGGGAAAGCAGGAACCGUAACCUGAGUGGAGAUGGCUUAGUGGGACUCAUGAUGAACAGAAUAAAUCAGGAAGCAAACCCUGGAGAAAUGGUUGAAAAACUAGGUGCUGAUGCCAAAAUCCUAUCUAGUGCACUGCAGAAAAGCUUAAGGCCAAAAACUCUUAAUAUCAGAAGUUCCUCUUUAGGAUCUAAGAGAGAAAGCCUGGAGAAAGAAUCUAGUGAUGAAGAUGCAGCUUUUGAUUGCAGUUUUACAGAUAAAACAGAUUCUCCUGUUAUCUUUGAUCUGGAAGACCUGGAUGCAGAACCUGAGACAUCUACAGCGGUGAAAUCCUCCAGUGAAAAAUCUAGAAGGCUGCAAAGAAAAGGCAGCUUUCCUGUAAAGCCGAUUGAAAAGACGGAUGUCGAAACUGGGUUUGAUCCACUGUCUCUGCUGGUUGCUGAGACAGAACAGCAAAAAGAGGAAGAGGAGGAGGAGGAUGAUAGAAGUGCUUCUACUCCAUCUGCAAGACGAGAUUUAGCUGAGGAAAUAGUCAUGUACAUGAACAAUAUGAGCAGCCCUUUGUCAAGUCGUGCCCCAAGCAUUGAGUUGCAAAAACCCUACGAUGACAGAAAUGCUCAUAAGAAGAGCCCAACAGUAAUCCAGCCCUGCAGGAGGUCCAGCCUUCCCCCAAACUCCCCCAGGCCAUCCACUCUUACCAAAUCCAAGAGUUACCAUGCAAAGCUUGAAGAAAGGCCAAGAGACAGGCUUUGGUCCUCGCCAGCUUAUUCCCCAAACAGUCCAGCAAGGGAACAGCCGCAGGAUGCAACUAGUGCAUUAACACUUGUGUCUUCACCAUCGUUCAACUUGGAUACGCUGUUAACACCCAAGUUUGAUGUUCUAAAGAGCAGCAUGUUUUCUGCUGGAAAAGGGGUUGCAGAGAAAGCUAGCAAGUGGUACUCAAAAUUUACAAUGUAUGCUGCAUCCUCAAAGGAUCAAAAUUCAGACCGAGCAAGUGUUUCAUCUCUUGGAGCUCUGGACUCAGAAUCUACUUCUCUAACCGAUGAAGAUGUCUGCAAUGAUUUUGAAAGUGCUUCUCCUCAGGAGAAUACUACAUCAGAAACUAAAGGAAUUGGCCUCAGCAGGACAAGCCUAGAAAGCUCAGCUUCCCAAGAUGGCUCAUCAAAACAAUAUGACCAGUGUGGUUCUCUUUCAAGGUUCCCUUUACCUGACAAAUCGGAGUUGGUGUCGUCUUGCAGUACCAGUAGUACCAGUGUGUUUCAGAACUACGCGAUGGAGGUCCUCAUCUCAAGCUGUUCACGAUGUCGGACUUGCGACUGUUUGGUUCAUGACGAAGAAAUCAUGGCAGGUUGGACAGCAGAUGACUCAAAUCUCAAUACCACGUGUCCGUUCUGUGGUAAUUUGUUUCUGCCCUUUUUGAGCAUAGAAAUCCGAGAUCUUCGGCGACCUGGACGUUAUUUUCUGAAGUCCAGCCCUUCUACAGAAAACAUGCAGUUCCCGUCACCUUUUUCAAACCAGAACGCGAAGUCCUGUAACACCGCAGCUACUGUUGGCCUUGCUGCAUCUCUCAUGUCUGUUCAAGAGGAUAGCAAUUCAAAUAGGAAGUCUAAGCAGCAUGAUGAUAUUUGUGCCAGAAGUAUCCAGAUCCCCUCAGGAAGACGACAGAAUAACUCUGGGUCAGAAUGCACAAGUCACCCUGUGGCAAGGAGUAUCAGUACUUUUGGUCCAUUGGAAGAAGAUGAGAAGGAAAACCAGAAAAUCAGCCACAUCAUUCCUACUGGUAGCCUGCCUGCUACUUUGCAAGAACCAACAGAUUCCUUGGGCCUAGAAUGGCGUCUACCCAGUCCUGAUCCUAUAACGGUUCCUUAUCUCAGUCCUCUAGUGGUAUGGAAAGAGCUUGAGAGCUUACUUGAAAAUGAAGGGGAUCAUGCAAUAACAGUGGCAGAUUUUGUAGACCAUCAUCCUAUUGUGUUCUGGAAUUUGGUGUGGUAUUUCAGACGCUUGGACUUGCCCAGCAACUUGCCAGGAUUAAUACUUUCUUCUGAGCACUGUAAUAAGAACUCCAAGAUUCCACGAAACUGUAUGUCAGAAGACAGUAAAUAUGUUCUUAUUCAGAUGCUCUGGGACAACAUGAAACUGCAUCAGGAUCCAAGGCAGCCUCUGUAUAUUUUGUGGAAUGCCCAGACCCAGAAGUACCCAAUGGUCCAUUUAUUGCAGAAAGAUGAUGAUUCUUUUAACCAAGAGCUCCUAAGAAGUAUGGUGAAAAGCAUUAAGAUGAACGAUGUGUACGGACCAAUGAGUCAAAUACUGGAGAGACUGAACAAAUGGCCACAUAUUAAAAGACAGCGGAGCCUGUACAGAGAAAUACUAUUUCUUUCACUUGUUGCCCUAGGAAGAGAUAACAUUGAUAUAGACGCUUUUGACAGAGAGUACAAAAUGGCCUACGAUCGGCUCACAGCUAAUCAGGUGAAGAAUACUCAUAACUGUGAUCGACCACCAAGUACUGGAGUGAUGGAAUGCAGAAAGAUUUUUGGAGAACCAUACCUUUAAGUAUACUUAGAUAAGGAGCUGAUAUCUACGAUGUGUACCUGUGUAAAAUAACCACUUCAGUCACAAGGAACAUCUCAGUCUUCAGUGUUCAAGAACGUAUGUACCGUACGGUGGCGGAAGGCCCUGGGAAACGAGGCCUCUCUGCAGCUGUGGAAACGGACAGAGUGAAAAAUGGGCCAAAAGAUUAAUUCCCUGUCCCUUGUCCUUUCUGCAAAUCAGUGUGUAGAAAGGAAGAUUCUAAAACAAAACCGGUUCUUUAACUUGGGACGACGUAUUACAGUUCCCUCCUCAAAAACACACGAGAGAAGCAGUGGACAGAAGCGAUGCACUGAAACUAACGUGAGCGAAGUAAAUCCUUCACAAAUCUGUUGUUUACAUAGAAUAUUCCUGACGUUAUGAAGAGCAUACAAAGCUGUAUUAUACAUAUUUUAAAUUGUUUAUAGUAAGUUGAUAUUUUUUUAAUUUUUUUAAAAUUCCUGGAGUGAAUUUGAAAUGGACUUUGCUGCAGAAGCAAUACAGGGCUUAUUUUUUUUGCAGUACACUGCUAUUUAUAGUAACUUGUCCAGUUACUUUUUGAAGAGUAAUUUGUUUUUAAAGCAGAAUAGAAAACGUUAACCUUUACUUAGUACUCUAGAAACAGGAUUUCUCUCAUGCACACGUAGGAAAGCGUUGUUACCACAGCAAUCAGAAGGAAGGUAUGGUAAAGCUCUGUAAGAAAAACUCUACUAAUGAACACACUGAUGUCUCAGUAAAACACGUCUGUAGAAGUCUCCUCUUCCUCUCCUAUUCCCUUCACUCCCCAGUAAAGAGAAAGCGUAUUGAAGAGUCCUCCAGAUCAUGUUAUGGAGUCAGUCCAUCUCAGCUGUUGGCAUUUAUUAAUGUGACCUCAUUACAUAUGUAAUGCAAAGCAAGGAGUUCAUAAACAUCCAGUGUUCAGCAUCUUGGUAGAUAUGUUUGAAACACACUAAACAUGACACAUGCAUAAUGCUAAUCCAAAGCUUUUUAACUAAAGUACAUACAGCCAACUUGCUACAGGGAAUACAUAGGGAAUGUAACUUAUUGGGGCUUAUUGUGCCUCGUUAAAUGUACUUGGAAUGUUUGGUCUCUAUUUCACGGGCAAAACAACCUGAAUUUCUUUUCUGUGAAGAAAAACACUCUGGUCCUUGCUGGGGUCAUGGCUUGUGGCUCGUGUUCUCUUGUUUGAGAGAUUUAAAAAGAAAGCUUGUUCUGUGCUCUCAGUCACCUAGCAACUCCUCAGCAGAAGGCAGGCCACGCAGAAAGAAUCACAAGUCUUGUGUGGAAGUGGGAAAACAGACAUUGAGUGGUGUAAAACACCCUAAACAAAUUAAACCAUGCUUUAACAAAUAGCUUUAAGUAAUCUGAAUGGGUUUCAAAUUCUCAUUUCUUUUAGUUGUUGCUGUUACAAUAUUGCUAAACAUUCAGCUGUUACCAUUAGAGUUUAUAUUUCAGGCUGCCUACUGGCAGGUGUUUUAAAAAUAUCUGUAGUUUGUGAGUGUAAUAACACAGCAAUAUUUAGGCAGAAAGGAGAUAAACUUUAAAGCUCACCUUGACUUCACUAAAUGGAGUUGAGCCUCUUAGAGGCUUAAAUGAGAAGUAAUGCUGCUAGGAAGCUCUGUAUAACCUCCUGUCGGUCCUCUGUAAAGCAGUGAGAUGAUGCUGCCCGAAGGAGAAAGGAUUUCAAAUCUGUAGGGCUGCAGGUUUGUACUGAUGAUAAUUGCAAGAUGCAGUCUUGUUGGGAGCAGCUCUUCUCUAAUUUGCUGCUAAUGAUGUAGCUGACCUUAUUGAAAGUAUCUCUCCCCCCACCCUGAGGUGGAGCUAGCAGUGCUAUGCCUGACACUUUUCACACUUAAUUUAUUUUGUGAUGCUCUCUUUUUGUACUGCCACACUUGUAAAGUAUUCCUCAUGCAUGAAAUAUCCCUACUUUUCCAGCCAGGUACAAGGGUAAGCAGUGUAUCGGUGUAGGGUUGAUGGGUGGCCACGUCGUUCCUCUGAACUGUUGUGCGAGACAGUGGGUUAUUUUUGACCGUGCUCAGUGUAAGUACCUGUUAGUGUGCAUGUACGCUCGGCUGGGUACAGCCGGGACACUGUAUUUACCAAGUAAAAGCUGCAUCCAGUAGUUGCUGUGUAUAUAAACUCACUCACGUUUGUGUUGUGUGUAAGGUAGCGUUCCUAGCUCGUUGCAGUUCUGUUUCCCAUGUCGCUUACUACUUGGGGCAGCCACUGUUCAAUAGGACCUUCAAGCCAUGAAGGAGGGCAAGUGCUUUUUCUAGAGCUGCUGUGGUGUGUUAGAGGUACUGAGCUAUGAAGUAAGCUUCACCCUUCCUAUUUUGGCCUGGCAGAAGCGGCUGAGCCUGUUCUCUAACCACCUCUCACUUACUUGGACGUAACGCUGCAACUGCCUGUGCUCGCACAGCAGCAGGCACAACACUUGUAAGACGUCGCCUGCUUCCUCCAUUCUAGUCUCAGCUUCCUUGUGAGUACUUCUCGCUCUCUUCAGACUUACAAAGCCAACAAGAUUUCCACUUCAUUCCAAUAUCACCAGUCCUGCCAGUGUUAUCAGAAGAGUAUAUACUGUACCUGCAUCCUCCAGCCAAACGAUCUUACUGCGUUCUUGGACCCUCAGAGUGGCACUCCUGAAGCAUUGCAGAUGUUUAUUUGGGUGUGCUUUUAACCUACUAGACCACAUAGUGUUCAUCAAGUGAAAUCCUUAUACUUAAUGAAUUGUCUUAUAUAAAGUCUGUGGCAAGCCACUGUAGAAAUACUAUAAUGAAAUAUAGUCGGCAUAGUAAUAUACUCCAAGUGGGAAACUCUCCUCAUUCACAUCAUAAAGUUCAAAAUACAGGUCCUGAGGUGUGGAUAAGUUUUAAGCAUCACACAAUUCAGCAUCGAAACAGUCUCCAAACCUCACUGUCCUUUGUUAGAGAAGCAAUUUGAGUAUAUUUUCCAAUAUGCAAAGAUGGAUAAAUGAAAUAUUUGAGACAUAUUUUCAAUUUAAGAUUUUGUACGAACUGAAUUUUCCUCCUUUUGUGUACUAAACGAUGCUGAUGUCAAACCUUCACCAAAAGGUUUGACAUUGGCAGUGCAAUAGAGAUUUUGCUUUACUUAUGGUUCCACUGGAAUAAUUAUCGGAGGUGAGAUACUGAAAUGUGAAUAGAAAUUGUGCUGUCUCUCUGACACUGCUAACUCUUGCCCAUUUUGAGAAGGUUUGCUGUUGGUACAGUUGCAGCCUGGUGAAUUAGACUUCCCACUGGCAAAUUAAAUGAUUUUGCCCCCCAAGGAAGAGAAGAUUCCUGCGUGUGAAAUGUUUGUGUAACAAACGGGAGAUGCAAAGGGUAAUAGCACAGAGGGGUAUCUCUGGAUACUGUCUCACUGGGAUUUCAAAAUGGUACUUUGUUAGUCUGCAAGCAGCACUUUUUAAAUGAAAGGUUGUAGAUUUGUAAAUAUGUAAUGUUUAAAUUUUAUUUACCAAAAGCCAGUCUGUUGGAUGUUUGCUUUGGUUUGUAGCUCUCUGGAAAUAUGCAAGUCGGUGUUCACCAUGUUAAGUUGGGGUCGGCUUUCUUUUCCUGUCUCAUCCAAAAAGAGAAGUUUUACAGUGAGUCAAUAAAAAGCUGAAAAUCUU